AGUGGCCGAGACUUCGUUCUCCGGCCAGCUUGCCUUGCUAGCUGCCAAGCCGUGUCUGCGGCGCUCUCGUUGACAUGUGGGGGCCAUCGGACUCGGACGACAGGACGUGGUGCGCGCUGCUGGUCGGCCGCUCAUCCGUCAAUGUCCCAGGCGCUACGAAGGAGUAGUACGCGACUACAGCGCGUUGAUGAUAUAUAGCAGGCAACCUGCGCUAGCUGCCCGCUGGAGCGGUGUGCGGGCACGUUCGGUUCGCUCGUCGUAUCCUGCCGCCGCGGACCGGACGGCCGCGAAACGACGAGGAGCCGAGAGCGAGGCCGUGACUGCAAGGACGGACGCAACGCACGCACGCCGAUCAGGCUGCCUGCUGCCGCAGUACGUGCCAGGGGUAUUAGGAGAGCUGUCGCGGCCGGCCGUCGCUCCCGAGUAUACAGGGCCGGGUCCGUGAAAACUAUCUAUCCGGCCGGCGGCGUGUGCGGUGUGCCCGGCCGGCCGCCUUCGUUCGACCAUUACUAUCCGAUCGAGUCCAAGGCCAUCUCUCUCGUGCAUCUUUCCGGCCGGUGCACGCAGACGCGCGGGCAAGGACGCGAUGUCCUCCCCUGCCCUCCGUUAAGCAAAUAGGACUAGGAGUACUCGAGUUUGGGUAGGAUUCCUUGUCAAUCAAGAAAAAAAAAAGAGUUUGGGUAGGAUUGCGGCCAAACAGAGGCAGUAAAGGCAGGGAUAAAAUCGACCCCAGAUCCAAUCGACCCCUCCAAUCAAUCCUCAGAUCCAAUCGACUCCCAGGUCGUUUUGUGCCUCCCAAACGUAUCUCGAACCUGUUGUUUUCGCAUCCCUUGUUUCUCCUUUCUCGUCGCCCAUGAGGCUGUUACUCAGGCGGCUUAUGUCCAUGGAUCGGCACCGGCGGCGCCGGUGCAAAAUUCAAGCCGGCAAUGGAUUGAUUGCUUCACAGGACAAACAUAAGGGCUCACCUGGCCAGCAAGGUGGUAGUUGUCAGAUUGGUGAAACAGAAGGGUAUCCAUGGCCAUACCUUCCAGAGGACAUCUGGCGUCAUAUACAUUCGUAAUGCCAUUGCGAGAUGCUGCCCGAGCCGCUUGCGUGUGUCGUGCCUUUCUAUAUUCGUGGAGGAGCUUCCCCAACCUUACUUUCAGUAAGCAAACAUUGGACUUGAAGGCUGGUGGUACCAGGGCUGAAACUAUAAGAGAUUUUGCCAACAGAGUUGAUCACAUUAUGAAGAACCACCUGGGCACCGGCGUGAAGACACUUACGCUUUUUGGUGGUCCAAACAGUGCAAGGCACCAGCGUCGUCUUGACAGUUGGCUUGAGAAGGCUGUAACACCAGGCAUUGAAGAGGUCACCAUUUGUCUGGAUGAACAAUUCACGGCUAAGAAGUACAUGUUCCCGUGCUCCAUUUUAUCCCAUGGGAAUGGAGACUCCAUUCGUCGUUUUAAUCUUGCUCAUUGUGCUUUUCGUCCAACAAUUGGAUUUGGUUGCUUGAGAAGUCUAGCGAGAGUACAUCUGUUUUUUGUGCAUAUUGAAGGGGACGAGUUAGGGUGCUUUCUUUCCAAUUCUUUAGCUUUGGAAUUUUUGUGCCUCGAUAAUUGUUUCAAGUUAGUUUAUGCUAAGAUACCUUCCCUUCAGCGGCUAAACUAUCUGUCAGUAAUUAGUUGCUGCAAACUGAAAGUAAUAGAAAGCAAAGCUCCAAAUCUGUCCAGUUUUCACUUUGAAAGCGAUCACCAUGUACAAGUAUCACUUGGAAAAGCAUUGCAAGUGAAGAAGCUACACAUUAACUGUUGGCUCUGUUUGUGUCAGUGGUGCUGA